AUGGCUCAGCUUGGGCCAUUCCUUACCCGUGUAUUGUGGGAUGAUAGCAGUCUUAAGCUUUUUGUCUGCCAUAGACGGCAGCAGGUUGUUGGGUUUCGGGAGGUGAUUUAUAAGAAGAUCUAUUGGGAGUUCUUUUCGACAGUCCACUUCGAUAAGGCAUCGAUGAGAUGGGCUGAUAUAUUAGUCUUUACGUUUCGCCUAGGAGGCAUAUUCCACUCCUAUAACUUGAUCGAGUUGAGGAGACGUCUAGGGAUUUAUACAGUAGGGGAGUCUGGGGUCACGCUAUGGGAUCCAAGAAAAGCUAAGGAGAGCACCUUUACAUCUCCUAUUUAUCGGUUGAUUCACCAACUAGUCGCUUCUACUAUUUGUCACCGCGAGGAAUGUGACAAGGUUCCUUCUGUCGACCUUUCCUAUAUAUGGUGUCUGACCCAAAUUGAGGUUUUCCUACAUCGUCCCUUUGAUGUUGCUCUUUACUUAUUUGGUGUGGCUCUAAGUUCCAUUCAUUUGAGCAGGAUUUGCGGGGAUCAUUGGGUCACUUGUUUGGCCCUAUCUUAUGAGGUUGACACUAGUGAGAUGGUUCCUAUUCCUAUCAGAUACAUAGCGUCUAAAAGCUGCACAAGAGGAGCAUCGCUAGAUCAUGACUUUGAUUGUCAGGGUGAUGCAACAUCUAGGGCUGGACUAUCCACUUUUUCCUUAGGCAGGGAUACUGAUGAUAGCGAGGAGAGCAUGGAGGAAAAUGAAGAUCAGUAUGAGAGUAGAAAGUAG